GGUCCUCCGCUCCCGGCCGGCUGGCGGCGGCGACUGCUGCGCGGUCCUGCCAGCCGGGGGAGGACCGCGAUCGCGCCCGGUCCCCGUUCGGGAGACGGCUCUGCCUGGAAUGGGGACCAGGGAGCUAUGCCUGUCCCAGACCAGCCUUCGUCAACCUCAGAGAAGACCAGCUCCCUGAGCCCUGGCCUGACCGCCUCCAACGGGGAUGGCUCCGAAACGGAAACCACUUCCGCCAUCCUCGCCUCGGUCAAAGAACAGGAAUUACAGUUUGAGAGACUGACCCGAGAGCUGGAGGCAGAGCGCCAAAUCGUUGCCAGCCAACUGGAGCGAUGCAAGCUUGGAUCAGAGACGGGCAGCAUGAGCAGUAUCAGCUCAGCGGAAGAGCAGUUUCACUGGCAAUCACAAGAUGGUCAAAAAGACAUCGAAGAUGAACUCACAACAGGUCUUGAGCUGGUGGACUCCUGUAUUAGGUCACUGCAGGAAUCAGGAAUACUUGACCCACAGGAUUACGCUACAAGUGAAAGGCCCAGCCUGCUCUCCCAGAGUGCACUUCAGCUCAAUUCCAAACCUGAAGGGUCCUUCCAGUAUCCGGCCAGCUACCAUAGCAACCAGACCCUGGCCCUGGGUGAGACACCCCCUUCGCAGCUCCCCGCCCGAGGCGCGCAGGCCCGAGGUGCAGGUGCGGGUCACGCCUUCAGCCAGGGCAGCACGGGCCGCGCGGCGCACACG